AUGGUCCGCCUCCGCGAUGGAAUGUGGCUGCCCGCCGAGGGCACCACGACGGAGUAUGCGGAGGAGGUCUACUACACCACCGAGAUUGAAGGCGGAAAGGGCCUCAGUCUGCUGUGUCCGACGAGGAAAAUCAAGUCCCGAGGUCAUACGUUGAAUGCGAGCACCGUCACUAUUGAUGUCAAAGCCGAGUUUGACGGCGUCAUCUCAGUCGAAGCAACUCACUGGGCCGGCGCCCUCAACAAGGGCCCUCAUUUCGAGCUUUUCCCUGAUGGAAGACCCGAAGUUGAGGCACAGAUCCAAAAGGGCGACAAGGGCACGACUUUAUCCUCGGGUUCGCUGUCCGCCACCAUCCACCCCGAUUUUGACAUCCAGUUCCACAGUACCGACGGCUCCAAGCGGCUGACGUCCCUUGGGAGCCGAAGCGUAGGCCUGGCAUACAACCCUGCGCCAAGCACACCAAUGCAGACCGGGGACAUGCGCAACUUCAAGCACUACAUGUUUACCCAGACCACUCUCGGCGUCGGUGAGACAAUCCACGGCCUCGGUGAGCGAUUCGGCGCCUACAACAAGGUUGGCCAGUCUAUUUCUCUUUGGAAUGCCGAUGGCGGCACUUCCAGCGAGCAGGCUUACAAGAACGUCUCGUUCUGGCUUAGCUCCAAGGGUUACGGCGUCUUCAUCGAUACGCCCGGCAAGGUGGACCUUGAGAUCGGAAGCGAGCGCUGCAACCGCCUGCAGACCGUGGUCGAGGGCCAGAGGCUCAAGUGGUAUAUCAUUUACGGACCCACGCCCAAGGACAUCCUCAAGCGGUAUACGACUCUGACGGGCAAAGCCGGCAAGGUCCCGAGCUGGAGUUUUGGCCUGUGGCUUACAACGAGCUUCACCACCAACUACGAUGAGCAGACGGUCAACACCUUCCUCGAGGGUAUGAAGGCCCGCGGCUCGCCCGUGGACGUCUUCCACUACGACUGCUUCUGGAUGAAGGCCUUUACGUGGACAGACUUUGUGUUUGAUUCCGAGCGGUUCCCCGAUCCCAAGGGGCAGAUUACACGUCUCAAGGAAUCCGGCCUCUGCAAGAAAGUCUGCGUCUGGAUCAACCCCUACAUCGCCCAGCACGGCGCGGCUUUCAAGGAGGCAGCAGAAAAGGGCUACCUCGUGAAACGCAAGAACGGCGACGUCUGGCAAUGGGACCUGUGGCAGGCCGGCAUGGGCCUGGUAGACUUCACGAACCCCGAGGCCUGCAAGUGGUACGAGGAGAACCUUAACAAACUCUUUGACCAAGGCGUCGACGCCAUCAAGACAGACUUUGGAGAGCGCAUCCCCACGCUGGACGUCGAAUGGUACGACAAGACCAUCGACCCCGUCAAGAUGCACAAUUACUACGCCUUCAUCUACAACAAGGUCGUGUACGAGGCGCUGCAGCAGCGCUACGGUGAAAACGAGGCCGUCCUCUUCGCCAGGGCAGCGUGCGCCGGCACCCAGCGUUUCCCCCUGCAAUGGGGCGGUGACUGCGAGUCGACCCCGGAAGCGAUGGCCGAGUCCAUCCGCGGCGGUCUGGGCCUGGGCCUCAGCGGGUUCUCCUUCUGGAGCUGCGACAUUGGCGGCUUCGAGGGCUACCCGCCCCCCUGGAUCUACAAGCGAUGGGUGGCCAUGGGUCUGCUCUGCAGCCACAGCCGGUUGCACGGCAGCAGCUCGUACCGCGUGCCGUGGGUCAUUGACGACGACGACCAGAGCGAAGAGGGCUGCUCGCAGACGCUGGCCAAGUGGACCGCCCUCAAGUCGCGCCUCAUGCCCUACAUCUUCUCGCAGGCGCAGGCGGCCGUCGAGCAGGGCAUCCCCCUGUCCCUGCGCGCCAUGUGCAUCGAGUUCCCCGACGACCCAACCUCGUGGUACCUCGACAGACAGUUCAUGCUCGGCCCCAGCAUCCUGGCGGCGCCCAUCUUUGAGGAGUCGGGCGAGGUGGAGUUCUACCUGCCCAAGGGCAAGUGGACCUCCUACUUCUCCGGCGAGUCCCGCGACGGACCCGGUUGGUUCAAGGAGACACACGGCUUCGGCACGCUCCCGCUCUACGUCCGCGAGAACACUGUUCUCGUGCUGGGUAGCUCCAACGCCGUCGGUGCUGUGUACGACUACCGCCGGGACGUCGAGGUCAGGUUGUAUCAGGUCAAGGAGGGUGCCAAGGCGGCCGUGGUCGACAGCGAGGGCAAGGAGCUUGGUGUUUUGGAAGUGGGAGCGGACGGCAAGUUGAAGGACAUGACGCUUCUCAACGGGAAGAUCACCAUUACCGAGCUGUAA